AUGCUUAAAACUUUUCUAUUUUUUCUAUAUUUUUGUGGCUCAGUUCAAUCAACUGUGGUGACUUUGAAGAGUUUGGCAACAACUUCUUUAAAUAUAUCCACUUCUCAAUGGAUUUAUUUGAUCAAGAAUUCGGAUAGUGUAGAUGAUUAUAAAAAAGUGAGCGGCACAAGUGGAACUGAUGCGUGAGUUUUUUGAAUUUGACAAUUUUUAAAAUUUAUUAAAUAUUCAGCAUCACUCUUGAUAAUUUAAUCGAAUCCUAUCCAAUUACAUUUGAUGGCGAGAUAAAUGUCAAAACAUUCAGUGCCAAAUUAACAACAACUACUCCUUGUACAACUUGCGAAACACUAACUGGUUUGGUUUAUUACACAGAUCCACCAAAUGAAGGUGAACCUGUUGUGAAAAAAUAUAUCAUUGCACCAACUUGGACAGAAAAUCAAUAUAAUUCAAAUGCCGAUGCGAUGUUCGCAUUUUUCCCUUAUGCGAAUACAAGCCAAUUUUUUGUGAAGUUUGAGGAUUUCAAAUAUCCGCUCUAUUCAACCAUUCAAUUUUAUUUAGAUGAUAAAUUUACUCAAUUGGCAUUUGAUGUCACCGAGAAGAGGUUUGUUCUGAAUUCCGAAAUUGAUUUCUCUGCGUAUCUAACUCUAUUAUGAUCUCUAAUUGUCUAGUUUCUCUGCGUCUCUAACUUAUCAGAUUUCUCUUCAACUAAUAUUUUACAUUUCAGCACCAACAUUUCUUCUCCAAAUCCAACUCUAAUUUUUCCACUUUCACAAAUCUUCAUCAAAACUACUGGACCUGGAGUGUACUUCAAUGCUUCUUUAAUCUCUGAAAUUCCUGUUAACCUAACUGCUUCUGCUGGAUCGUUUAUUAUGACUAAUAUGUAUCCAAAUGAAAUUGAGACUUCCCAAAAUUUCACUGUUCCAAUUUUAAGUGGAGAUUAUUUGGAUAUUGAGGUAAGACGAAACAUAUUCCCGUUUCAAACUAAAAUAUCAAUUUCAGCUAACUUUGCAACGUGAUGACGACACAGAAAAUGCUAAUAAUACUGUGAUAAUCAAUACAAAGCGAACAGAUCUGAGUUUUGAUCAAAAUUCAAAAAUUCGAAUUUCUCUGGAUCCCCUUGAAACCCAAUUCUAUGUUCAAACUCCAAGACCAAUGUAUAUGAAAUAUACGAUAGGGAAUUUUACACAAGAGGAGGGAAGCACAACAACUACAACUACAGUAGCCCCAAAUAAUGGUUCAUCGACCACAACAACUACAGUACUUCCAACAACAAGUACUGUAGAAGUUACAACGAAAAUUGCUGGAAAAAUUGAAGGAAUUAUUUCAAGUUUUAUGAUUAUUUUGAUUAUGAUUUUAUAA